AUGUUCCAACUUAGAACCCAAUUGGGUGGCCCUUCUAACAAUUUAGAAAAUUUAAAUCUUAGUUUCAAAAUUUCGUCUAUCUCUUCAUUAAUUAUAUUACCUGAAAAAUUUAUUGUUGAUAUUCUUCAGCCUUUAUCCUUAAAUUAUAUCCAGAAAGAAAUAUCUUUACCUUCUUCCAAUUUGUCUAAUCUUCCUCCAUUAAUUUCUGAAGCUCCUACUUCAAAUAGUAAAAUAUCGUCUACUACCAAUAAAAAUUUAGAUAUUAAUGUUAAUAAUUUAACUACUUUAUAUAACACUCAACCAAAAUUUUUAUGUACUACUUGCUUUUCUCAAAGUAAUAGAAUUGUUUCCCAUUUAUUAAAGUCCUGGGUGAAAUAUAAAGUUUCUGAAUAUCAGUUUAAUGAAAAUAAUUCUGAUGCUUAUGAAAUAAUCGAUGAAGUAAAAAGGCAAAACAAGAUUAUAAAAAAAAAACUUAAGUCUCUGUCAGCUAAAUGUUUGUAUGACUUGGCCAAAAACGCUUAUUUUCAAGAACAAGAAGUGAAACCAGAUCUUCGUGGAUAUAUUUCUAUUAAGUUACAAAAAGAGAAGUAUAGCCCUAUUGGUGAUAUCUUUGAUUAUUAUUUCAGGAAAGAAGUUAGUAGAAGAAAUACUUUUAAUAUAGGUUUCCUUGAUGAGAAACGAAGUAACCAGCUUAGAAAUUUCUUGGACCAAAAAGAAAUAAUAAAAACUGAAAUUGAUAAAAUAUUAAAAGAAGGUUUAAUUCAAUCUUGCCAAAGUUCAUUGACAUCUCCUGUGGUAUUGGUUCCUAAACCCAAUGACCUUUUGGAUGCUUUAAACGGAUCAUCCUGGUAUAGUUCACUUGACCUUACCAGUGGGUACUGGCAGGUCGAAGUAGAAAAUUCAGAUAAACUUAAAACAGCAUUCACCACACCUUUUGGUGUUUACAUAUUCCAUGUAAUAUCUCUUGGGUAG